AUGCCGUCUACACCAAACCCAGGUCCGGCCACGCUGCUUCUUAUGCCCACCACGGAGGCCACAGAGGCCACGAGUCCUACCGAGUAUCACAACAACGGCUCUAAGCACGCGGGCUAUUCGGACAUGAUCAUCUUCGGCGUGGUAGUGCCCCUCAUGGCGGGGUGGGUACAGGUAGGAAUCGUCAUCUCCGCCAUGUCCAUCUGGACCUGCUUCUCCGAGUGCCGGAAAAGGGCCAGAGGGGAGCCCAGCUGGUUCGAUCCAUCGCCGACAUCAGCACGGGUGCGCACCGGGCACGAAUCCUCGUCGCGACUCGAAGCUUAGGGACUCGACACAGACGCGCGAGCUGUGGUAGCGGAAGUCCGCCCGACAGCAGCACCGCAUCAAAGACAGAGUGGAGGCGAUAAUCAAGUAGCCCAAGUCUCAUCACUCAAGAUGAC